UCAGGUGCACCAUCAUCUGGAUACCCCCCCCCCCCAUGUCUGUACCUUGUCUCUGUUUCAAUUUGUUCCUUUCCCCCAACUCUCAACAUAGAACCUGCUUUAUGUUCUGGUGACCAUGUUUUAGAGGAGAAUGUGAAAAGGUGCCAUUUGGAAAUGGGAGGGCCUUUCAUUCAUUGCUGCAAUUGCUGUUUCUGUCACCAGCCUCUCCCAUUGGGAUUGAGCCAAUGGGGAAGUCUGGGGAAUUUUUCCUAGCCUUAGCAGAGGCUGCACAUGGGAGGAGUGAGGAGUCUUACAACUGGAGGCCAGCUGUGAGGCUGCAGAGCUGCAGUGGGAAGAGUAGGUUGACUGACAGAAGAAAGGUGUAAACAAUUUCUGAUUGAAAGAGAAUAAAAUAGCAAGACACACAUUUUAAAGCAACAAGAAAAGUGGUGGUUUGACAGGAGGUAUACCAGAGGAGACCAACUGGGACUGCAACAAGACAGGACUAGAACGACUUCAGGAACACACCAAAUCACUGCCUGCGUUCCAUCCCACAAUGGCCUCCCUUGCUGUAGCAAAUGCAGAGUUUUGCUUCAAUCUCUUCCAAGAGAUGGAUAACAACCAAGGAACUGGGAAUGUGUUCUUCUCCUCUCUGAGCAUCUUCACAGCGCUGGCGUUGGUCCGUCUGGGUGCAAGAGGUGACUGUGCAGCUCAGAUUGAUAAGAUACUUCACUUUAAUGCCAUUUCAGGACCUGGAAGCCCUUCUAAUUCUCAGACAGAACUUCAAUCUCAACUGAAAAGUGUUCUCUCUGAUAUAAACAUAUCCCGCAAGGAUUAUGACCUCAGCAUUUCCAAUGGUCUUUUUGCAGAAAAAGUGUUUGACAUUCGCAAGGACUUUAUUAGGUGUGCUGAAAAAUUGUACAAUGCCAAAGUGGAACAUGUAGACUUUACAAAUGAUGUAGAAGACACCCGGUAUAAAAUCAAUAAAUGGAUCAAUUAUGAAACACACGGUAAAAUCAAGAACAUCUUUCAUGAAGGAAGCAUUAGCUCAUCAGCUGUCAUGGUGCUGGCGAAUGCCGUGUACUUCAAAGGCAAGUGGGAGUCAGCCUUCACCAAGAGUAAAACCCUGAACUGUCGUUUCAGAUCUCCCAAGUGUCCUGGGAAACCAGUCUCCAUGAUGCACCAAGAACGGAGGUUCAAUAUGUCUGUCAUUAGAGAACCGCCCAUGCAGGUUCUUGAACUCAGGUAUCUUGGUGGCAUUAGCAUGUACAUCAUGCUGCCUGAGAAUGACCUGUCCCAAAUUGAAAACAAACUGUCCUUUCAGAAUCUGAUGGACUGGACCAAUCCAAAGAAAAUGAAGUCACAGUAUGUUGAGGUGUUUUUGCCUCCGUUUAAGAUAGAGAAGAACUAUGAAGUCAAGAACAGUUUGAGAGCCCUUGGGCUGAAAGACAUCUUUGAUGAGUCCAGAGCGGAUCUCUCUGGCAUAGCAGCUGGAGGCCGUCUCUAUAUAUCCAAACUCAUGCACAAGUCCUACAUAGAAGUUUCAGAGGAGGGCACAGAGGCAGCUGCUGCUACAGGAAGUAACAUUGUGGAAAAACAGCUUCCUGAGUCCAUGGUGUUCAGAGCUGAUCACCCGUUCCUCUUUGUCAUCAGGAAGGAUGACAUAAUUUUGUUCAGUGGCAAAGUGUCCUGUCCUUGACAAUCCCAUUGUUUUCUAUCAUGGAGGCUCCUGAAAUGUCACAUCAAAGAAUCACCAUGUACGUGAGGUUUCCUUUGCAUUGACUUCCUUCUAAUGUUGAUCAGAGGAUGUUUUCAUAGCUUGACCUUUCUGAGACCCUGGAUGAUUCUGCUGACCCUGCUCUUCACAGUUCCUUCUUUUCUUGCGGAGUUGGGGUUGCAUUGCUCUUGGACCAUUUGUAUUCUCAUUCAGGUAGAGAAAGACAUAAAGGAGAGACAGAAGAGAAGCAUAAAAAGAAGGAGAGACAGCUUAGGCACUUCCAUUGUCCCCAUAGUAGUGGUGGGGUUUGAGCUUAGUCAGCUACCUCCUAGUCUUAGCAUUUACACCACUAUAUACUUCACCCAUGUGUUUCAAAUGUUUUAUUAAGGAAAUGCCAUUUACAGACCAUGUUGUCUCUGAGGUAGAACUCCACUUCUCCCUGGUGUAUGUUUACCUGCCAGCAAAGGUCCAUUUGCCUUCGUUCAGCCCAUUCCCACUUUGCCUGCCCCUUACAUAAACCAUGGGAUUAUUAACAUUUUACCUUGUUCUGUUUUUUUCUGUCUCCCUUGCUUUAUUUCUUAAAUCCUACAUGUAAGUGAUGUCAUCAAAUGUGUGUAUUUCUACUUUUGGCUGAUUUCACUUAACAAGAUUCCCUCCAACUCCAUCCUUGUAGCAAAAGGAAAGGUCUCAUCUUUUCUUACUGAGUGUAUGUGUGUGUGUGUGUGUGUGUGUGUGUGUGUGUGUGUGUGUGUGUGUACCAUGGCAUCCUUAUCUAUGCAUCUACUGUUGGGCAUCUACUAUUUGGUUUUUCUAUAUCUUGACUAUUACAUAUAGUACUGUCAUGAAUGUCGGUGAACAUGUAUCACUGUAAAUAAAUACUUCCAUGCUCUUUGGAUAGACACCUAGAAGAAUCACAGGAUCAUAUAGUAAAGGCCUAUAUCAGGAAAUAAGACAUUUCUCAAAUAAACAACCUAACAGCACACCUAAAGAAACUAGACAAAGAGCAGUCAGUCAGACCCAAAGUGAGUAGAAGGAGGGAAAUAGUAAAAAAAAAUUAGAGCAUGAAUAGUAGUAAAUGAAAUUAAAAACAACAACAAAAAAUACAAAAGAUCAAUGAAUUUAAGAGUUAAUUACUGAAAGGGGAAACAGAAUUGAGAAAUCCUUAGCCAGACACAAUAAGGAAAAAAGAGAGAGUGAAACCUAUUAAAUGGUAUCAUUAAUAAAAGAGGAGAAAUUAGAACAGAUACCAUAGAAAUACAAAGAAUUAUACAACUGCUAUGAAUACCACUACACUACUAAACUAGCACAUCUUGAAGAAACAGAAAAGCUUGAAAUUGUAUUACUUCUCAAGCCUAGAUCAAGAAAAAAAUAGAAAAUAUCCCUGAUGAACAAACAUAAUUGCAAAGACCCUCAACAAAAUCUUGUCACUUCUAAAUCCAUUAUCUAUCCCCAACAGUCUUCCCAUAGUCACUUGCACAGAUCCAGGGCAGUGGGAAUGUAACAGCAGCCCUGGGAAUUUUCCCUGCUAUUCUAAAUUUACCACCAAUACUCUAGCUUCACUGUAACUGACCUACCUGGGAAGUAAGCUCUGAUGCCUGGAAACAGGAAUAAAAGAUACAUCUCUCUUGCUGACUUCGGCAGCUGCGUGAGACUAACUCUACUGACUUAAAAUUAGUGUCGAAUGUAGAUACUAAAAAUAAAGUUCUGGAAUUGGGAACCAGUCAGUACAUUCCAUGAAUAAAUUUUCAGUUUAUGUCUGAUGGCUUUUCCUGAAUAGAGAACUCAGUAUGUACAUAGUUUUCAAAUUUUUAGGCCCAAUUUCCAGGUGCUCCUGAAAGCAUAUUCUUUCUGAAGCUGUGUAGUUUUAAAGUGUUUUCUCUACUUAUAAGAAUAAAUGAAUAAAUAAAAUGUG